AUGCCAUCCACCUUUAGGUCCUCGCGCUCGGGGCGACAUCUCGACCAACCCAACCGCACCCGAAACGGUCAAAUCGACCACGAUGUCUUUGAAGGGUUACCUGUCCGUCGCUGGUCGCGACAGCCACACACCUUCUCUCAAGCUCCUAAGCCAGCCGAAUCGGAGAUUGGCGUCAAAGGACCGGGCGGAACGACUGCUCUGCCAGAACUACCCAUGCCAAGAGACAGCCAACUCCUACCGGCGAUCAGCCACGGUCUACUAAGGGCAGCGCGUGCUGGUUGCAUUUACAUCCAUUCAAGUGGUAGGCCUGCCGACGACGAGAAAAAGGAUGCCGAUGAUCAGGCGGCGGCUGCUUCACAUAUGGCGGAUCGCAGCUUCACUACGCGCAAAUGGAUGACCCUGCCCAAACACAUGGAGCCUGCCGAGCCGGAAUUCUUGGCUAAGAGACGACAGGGUCUGCCUUCGCUGUACGGCGGUUCUGCGCUUACAGAGGGUGCUAAUGCGUCGGUCUCGAUGCGGCGCACCAAAUUCAAGAAAGUGGACUCGGAAACCGGCAAGAUCUCGAUUUACGAGGCUUGGGUGCCUGAAGGUCAUACCAUUGAAGGCGAGAUUACCGGAGAUGCUAAGGCGGUAGCCGAACAAAGCGACGUUCCUGUCAGUUCGGAAGCACCCGCGCCUGGGACUGUUGUUGAGGGCGUCGGAGUGGUCAACUCGGAAGGCGUGGUUGUCGCAGAUGCCACUGCUCUGUCGACACCUAGACGACGGCCGCCUCCCCCCAAACGCAAGGGCAAGGGUAUAGGAAAGGGAAGAAAGAAGAAGGUUAUGUUUGCGCCGGGCGAAGGAGCCGACGCCUCUUCGGUCCACGGUGCUGAGUCUGGUGCCGCGGAUGGUGGCAAGGAAGGGACAGAUGGCGACGAAGAGGGUGAAGAAGGCGAGGAGAGCGAUGAGGGCGAUGAGUCCAUGGCUGAUGCAAAGACUCCUGAGACGCCUCAGCCACCGCCUGGUUCCGAGUCUACGGAUCAAACUGCUACUGAGACUGGGACCGAGCAGCCUCCAGCAACCUCGGACAUCGAUAUGAUGGAUGCAACUCCGACAGAACAGCCUCCUGCUCCGGAGCCAUCUGAACAGCAACCAGAAGAGACUGGGGACUCCGAAGCCGUCGAAGAGACACCGCAGCCCAAUAUCGAAGCUCCCACAGCUCCUGCAGAGGAACCGAAGGCCUUGGAUUCUGCUGUUCCUGUGGCUGGCGAGACUGAGCCUAUUCUUUCCAACAAGCCAACCCCCACUCCCGAGCCGACUACAACCACAGCAGAGUCCGCUGAGCAUGUAGCUUCUGGAGAUGGCGAUGAAGUAGCACCACAAUCCACUGCUCUGGAGGCUGAUGGGACCACUGAAGCUGCCAUCGAAGGAGUGCCUGAUCUCGCACCAAAGGAAGCUGAGAACGCACCAUCAGCCAGCCCCGAGAGGCCUGUCGAAGAAACACCUGCGGAACCUUUGACAGAGGCACGAGCUGUCGAUGAGCCCAUGCCAACUGAGACGGUUGAGAAAUCGCCAGAGCAAGCUUCAGGGGGCCAAGAACUUGGAGGGAUCCCUACGCCGCCUGUGCCCCAGCCUGACGCUCCACAAAAACAACCUUCUGAAGAUGCCUCUGAGAGCAAAGGAGCGGGUCUUCUGGACACCCUUGAGCGUAGUCUGGACAACACCGCUGCAGCCGAUGAAACGCCAGUUGUCAAAGAGGACGUGGACGUGGACAUGAACGAUGUGCCAACAGAAACUGAGCAGCAACAAGAACCGGCAGAAGUUCCCCCUCCGGUCCAGCCGUCGCCUCCACCAGCGCCAGCUGCAGCGAUAGAGGAGCGUGAGCCUCAGCCCAGUCUAGGCGAGCCGGCGCCUGCAGACUCGGCUGCCGUUGAUGAGCCGGCACCCGCUGUCGAAGGAGAAACGCCCGCUGAAGACGAAAAAGGCGAGGAAGCAGCAACGACUGCUGCUGAAACAGAUGCCAAGGGGGCUGUGGAGACUGAAGAGGAACAGAAGCCUGCAUCCGAGUCGCAGCCCGCGCCGAUAGACUCGGCAUAG